AUGAGGCUGACCAGAUCAACAUCAGCGUCGGUGACUGCUGCCCCCAAUCCAUGGAAGUCUCCGGUACCUUACCUCUAUGGUGGCUUAGCUUUAAUGAUAGUACUCAUUGCCGGGGCAUUGGUGAUCCUAGUAUGCUCACACCAAGAGCCCGCUUCGAACAGAUCAUCGGGCCGCGAAGGAGAGACGCCAGCAUUAAUGCCCACGAACAACGACGUCACGGUGCAGCAGCUUGAUGCAGAGCCAAAGAUUGUUGUCAUAAUGGCCGGGGAUGACAAGCCCACGUACAUAGCUAAACCGGUCACUUCCAGUACAAAUUCCUCUACUCAUGAUCUGCAACUGAUCAUCUAG